GUCAUCCUGCUGGCCAUCGGCCUCUUCUCCUCGUGCAUCAGCGCCAUCAGCUCGGCCAUGGCAUCCCUGCGGACGGCGCGGAGUGAGAAGUCGCAGCACCAGGCGAAGCUCUUCCAGUUCUUCAACGACCGCAAGCUGUCCAUUGGCCUCUAUGGCAAAGUCCAGGAGGUGCUGGAGAAGGCCCAGUAUGAAAACUUCGUUUAUGUGCCGAUAUCCUGGGGCCUGGUCUUUGUGGGUGAGGUAUGGCACCCUGAACGCCUUAAACUCAAGUGCUCCUUGUAG